AUGGUGCACCGCAGCAUUGUGCAGGAACGAGCGAGCGACGACGAAGAUGCCGAUCCCGAAGAGGGGGAUUCUGCCCUGAAGGAACUCUUUGCGGCAUGGGCGCUCUUCAUCUCCAUCAUGCUCCUAAUCGUCGCCUUCUUCACCAGCUACCUACUCCAGCAGAAGAAGGUCACCGCUAUCCACGAGACGGUCAUCUCCAUCUUUGCUGGCAUGACCGUCGGCCUCAUUCUCGUCAUCACGCCUGGCGAUUCGAUCCGGAACCUUAUCAGCUUCGACUACCAGAUCUUCUUCAACCUCCUACUCCCGCCCAUUAUUCUCGCCUGCGGCUACGAACUCCACCAAGCCAACUUCUUCCGCAACUUUGGCAUCAUUGUCACAUUUGCCUUUGCCGGCACGUUCCUCUCGGCCGUCGUCAUAGGGCUGAUCCUAUGGCUCUUUGCGCUCGUCCCAGGCAGCAUUGAAAUGAGCUUUGUGGACGCCAUCUCGGUCGGCGCAACGCUUUCCGCCACGGAUCCGGUGACCAUCCUGGCCAUCUUCAACACGUACAAGGUUGACCCUAAGCUAUACACCAUCAUUUUCGGAGAGUCCAUCCUCAACGACGCUAUCGCUAUCGUCAUCUUUGAAACGGCGCAAAAGUACAAAAAGGGCGACGCGGAGAGCUACGGCAUCCUCUCCUUCUUUGAAGGCAUUGGCAUCUUCUUGAUUGUCUUCUUCGGCUCCCUCCUGAUUGGCGUCGUUGUCGGUGUCGGGACGGCGUUGCUGCUCAAGUUCACCUACGUCCGCCGUUUCCCGAAGAUCGAGUCUUGCCUCAUCGUCCUCAUCGCCUACGCAACGUACUUCUUCUCUCACGGCCUGCAAAUGUCCGGUAUCGUGUCGCUGCUCUUUUGCGGCAUCACACUCAAGCACUAUGCUUACUUCAACAUGUCCCGCAGGACGCAGCUCACGACAAAGUUCAUCUUCCAGGUCAUGUCGCAGCUGUCAGAGAACUUCAUCUUCAUCUACCUCGGGCUGGCUUUGUUCACGGACAACGCGCUGUCCUUCCAGCCGCCGCUGAUCAUCAUCACUGCCUGCGCGGUCUGCGCUGCUCGUUGGGUCGCCGUCUUUCCCCUCUCGAAAGCGAUCAACUGGACUAUCAAGUACCGAGCCCGACGCCGUGGGCAAGAAGUGGACGACGAGCUGCCAUACAACUACCAGGCCAUGCUGUUCUGGGCAGGUCUCCGUGGUGCUGUCGGCGUCGCCUUGGCUGCGCUGUUGACGGGCGACAACUCAGACACCCUGCGUGCCACUGUCCUCGUUGUGGUCGUCUUGACAGUCAUCAUUUUUGGCGGCACCACCGCUCGUAUGCUGGAGAUUCUGGGCAUCAGGACAGGUGUCGUUGAAGAGAUCGACUCUGACGACGAAUUCGACAUUGAGAAUUUUGGCAGUGGUAUGCACACAAAGCGCACAGGCGGAAUUGGAUACACGCCUCGCCGCAACGGCUCUACCGUUCCCCUGGGCACCUUGGACCCGACGACCGGCGAAGCCGCCUACGUGUCGGGCGCCAACUCCCCAGCGGCACGCUCCCACUCCAACCCGCUGAGCAGGAAGAACUCGGUGCGCGAGUUUGAGCGCGCCGACCUGCUCGGUCGCCCUGGCGGCCCCUCCCAUGACGGCGCCGACGACGACGAUGACUUUGGCUCUGACAUUGAUACUUCCGACCUGCCUCCUCCGGCACGUCGCUCGCCUUUACCGCCGCGCGACACGGAUUCCGCUUUCAUGUCGCCCGAGGCCUCAACAACGCCUGCAGCAUCCGGCAUGACGGCGACGGGGGCGAUACGGCAGCUCUGGCAAGCUGAGGACCCGGCGGGUCUAUUCCGACAGUUGGAUGAGGAUUACAUCAAGCCUAAGCUGCUGUUGCACGGGGAUAAGAGCCAUCACGGCGGGCCUAGUUGA